UGUUUUGUUUUGUUUUGUUUUUUUGGUUUUCGUUUUGUGGCUGAACAUUCAUAAGCACGGAGGACAUCAUGGGGGACCAGCAACUGUACAAGACCAAUCACGUGGCCCACGGUGGUGAGAACCUCUUCUAUCAACAGCCACCCCUUGGCGUGCACAGCGGGCUGAACCACAGCUAUGGGAAUACAAUCUCGGGGGCUGGAAUGGACGCCCCGCAGGCCUCACCCAUCUCUCCUCACUUCCCUCAAGAUACUCGGGAUGGUCUCGGCUUGCCUAUUGGCUCCAAAAACCUUGGCCAAAUGGAUGCCUCCAGGCAGGGAGGAUGGGGAAGCCAUGCAGGGCCUGGGAGCCAUGUCCAGCUUCGUAGCAACUUGGCCAACUCAAACAUGAUGUGGGGGGCGCCGGCCCAGGUGGAACCCACGGAUGGGUACCAAUACACGUAUUCCCAGGCCAGCGAGAUCCGGACCCAGAAACUCACCAGUGGUGUUUUGCACAAGCUGGACUCUUUCACCCAGGUGUUUGCCAACCAAAACCUGCGAAUUCAGGUCAACAAUAUGGCCCAGGUGCUGCACACCCAGUCAGCAGUGAUGGAUGGAGCCUCUGACAGUGCCCUCCGUCAGCUGCUGUCUCAGAAGCCUGUGGAGCCCUCAGCAUCAGCCAUAGCUUCUCGCUACCAGCAGGUACCCCAGCAGCCUCACCCUGGUUUCACAGGUGGACUGCCCAAACCAGCCCUUCCAGUCGGGCAGCAUGCUCCCCAAGGGCACCUGUAUUAUGACUACCAGCAGCCCCUGGCCCAGAUGUCCAUGCAAGGCGGACAGCCACUGCAAGCCCCUCAGGUGCUGUCCAGCCAUAUGCAGCCAUUGCAGCAGCACCAGUAUUACCCACAGCCGCCGCCUCAGCAGCAGCAAGCCGGACUGCAGCGGCUCUCCGUGCAGGAGAUGCAGCAUCAACAGCAGCAGCAGAUUCGCCCCUCACCGCCUCAGCAGCAGCAGCAGCAGCAGCAACAGCAGCAACAGCAGCUCCAACUGCAGCAGCGGCAGAGUUCACUGCAGAUACCUCAGUAUUAUCAGCCCCAACCCAUGAUGCAACACUUGCAAGAGCAGCAGCAGCCAUCCAUGCACCUGCAGCCCCCUUCGUACCACAGGGACCCUCACCAGUAUACCCCGGAGCAGGCACAUGCGGUCCAGCUGAUCCAGCUGGGCUCCAUGCCCCAGUAUUACUAUCAGGAGCCUCAACAGCCCUACAGUCACCCCCUCUACCAGCAGAGCCACCUGUCCCAGCACCUGCAGCGUGAAGACAGUCAGCUGAAGACGUACUCCAGUGAUAGGCAGACCCCGGCUCUGCUGAGCUCUCACGGGGACAUGGGACCUUCUGAUACAGGGGUGGCAGAUCCAGCAAGCUCAGAAAUGACCCGGGUCACCAGUACCCUUCCUCACCAACCGCUCCUGUCCCCCAGUGGGAUCCACCUCAACAACAUGGGAUCUCAGCAUCAGCAGCCGUCUCCCAGUGCGAUGUGGCCCCAGAUGCACUUACCUGAUGGGAGAGCCCAGCCUGGAUCUCCGGAAUCAAGCGGCCAAACCAAAGGAGUGUUUGGGGAACAGUUUGAUGCCAAGAACAAGCUGACAUGCUCCAUCUGCCUGAAGGAGUUCAAAAGCCUGCCUGCCCUGAAUGGCCACAUGCGGUCCCACGGGGGAAUGAGGGCAUCCCCCAGCCUCAAACAGGAGGAAGGAGAGAAGGUCCCACCGCCUCAGCCUCAGCCUCAGCCUCAGCCCCAGCCGCCACUGCCGCCUCAGCCGCCACCGCAGCUCCCUCCUGAGGCAGAGCGCCUCACGCCUAUGGUCAUGCCCGUGUCUGUCCCUGUCAAGCUUCUCCCACCCAAGCCCAGCUCUCAGGGGUUCACCAACAGCGUCGCUGCCACCCCUUCGGCCAGAGACAAGCCAGCCAGCUCGAUGUCGGACGACGAGAUGCCUGUGCUCGUGAGGAUGACCCUCUCCCCCCCUCACUCUCCCCAAGGGGCUGCCCCCCGUGCGCCUGCUGAAAUCCCCCGGAAACAUCCGCCCAUCACCGCCAAAGUUGAGGAGCCCCUCAAGACCCUACCAGAGAAGAAGAAGUUCCGGCACCGGCCUGAGCCCCUCUUCAUCCCACCACCGCCUUCUUCCUAUACUCCCAACCCCACCUCUUACUCGGGGGCCACCCUGUACCAGAGCCAACUGCGCUCCCCACGCAUCCUCGGGGACCACCUGCUCCUGGACCCCGCCCACGAACUGCCCCCCUACACGCCGCCACCCAUGCUGAGCCCCGUGCGCCAGGGCUCAGGGCUCUUCAGCAAUGUCCUCAUCUCUGGCCACGGCCCUGGAGUGCACCCCCAGCUGCCCCUCACUCCCCUCACGCCCACGCCACGCGUGCUGCUGUGCCGUUCCAGCAGCAUCGAUGGCAGCAAUGUGACAGUCACCCCAGGACCCGGAGAACAGACUGUGGAUGUUGAACCACGCAUCAACAUUGGCUUAAGAUUCCAAGCAGAGAUCCCAGAACUGCAAGACGUCUCUGCCAUGGCUCAGGACAUACACAAGGCCACACUGGUAUGGAAGCCGUGGCCUGAGCUAGAAAACCAGGCCCUCCAGCAACAAGUGGAGAACCUUCUGAAUUUGUGUUGUUCCAGCGCGCUGCCAGGCGGAGGGACCAAUUCGGAAUUUGCUUUGCACUCUCUCUUUGAGGCCAAAGGUGACGUGAUGGCUACCCUGGAAACGCUGCUGCUGCGGAAGCCAGUCAGGUUAAAAUGUCAUCCUUUAGCAAACUACCACUACGCCGGUUCUGACAAGUGGACGUCCCUAGAAAGAAAACUGUUUAAUAAAGCAUUGGCCACUUACAGCAAAGACUUUAUUUUUGUACAGAAGAUGGUGAAGUCCAAGACAGUGGCUCAGUGCGUGGAGUACUACUACACUUGGAAGAAGAUAAUGCGGCUAGGGCGGAAACACCGGACACGCCUGGCGGAAAUCAUUGACGACUGCAUGACCAGUGAAGAGGAAGAGGACGCCGAGGAGGAGGAAGAGGACCCGGAAGAAGAUAGGAAAUCCAUAAAAGAUGAGGAGAGUGAAGUACCCAAGUCACCAGAGCCACCGCCCGCCCCUGCCCUGGCUCCCACUGAGGGGGCACCCAUGCAGGCUGGUGGCCAACCAUCAGGCUCCUUCAUUUGUGAGAUGCCCAACUGUGGGGCUGUGUUCAGCUCCCGACAGGCACUGAAUGGCCACGCCCGCAUCCAUGGCGGCACCAACCAGGUGGCUAAGACCCGAGGUGCUGUCCCCUCUGGGAAGCAGAAGCCAGGUGGCACCCAGAGUGGGUAUUGCUCAGUGAAGAGUUCACCAUCUCACAGUACCACCAGUGGAGAGACAGACCCCACCACCAUCUUCCCCUGCAAGGAGUGUGGCAAGGUCUUCUUUAAGAUCAAAAGCCGGAAUGCACACAUGAAAACCCACCGGCAGCAGGAGGAGCAGCAGAGGCAGAAGGCCCAGAAGGCAGCCUUCGCGGCAGAAAUGGCAGCCACCAUCGAGAGGACUACGGGGCCGGUGGGGGCACCGGAGCUGCUGCCUCUGGACCAGCUGAGCCUGAUGAAGCCGGUCAAGGACGUGGACAUCCUGGAUGAUGAUGUGGUCCAGCAGUUAGGCGUCAUGGACGAGGCCGAGGUGGUAGGCACGGAUCUUCUCUUGGACGACCAAGAUUCAGUUUUGCUUCAGGGUGAUACAGAACUCUGAACCCCCUCAUCACCUAGAGACACAGAAGCCACGGCCUCCACCUCCGUUUGUCUGCAGAACCUGGACUUCCUGCUCCUUUGGAAACCCUUUUAAACUACCUGUUUAAAAAGCGGUCCUUUUCUUCAGGUUAAGGGAGGGGAAAAUCCAGUUCUUUCUCUUUUACCUUCUUUUGCAUUGUUUUUGUUGGGGGUUGGGGGGAAUAAAAAAUUGGCACAACUGUCUUUAA